AGCUGACUUCGCAACUUCCGCCUGACAGCGACACCCAGAGGCCGCGGCGCUUAUCGCCGUUUCUGUUGAGUAGAUGUUUAGUAUUGUUAAAGAUUCCUAAUGUUUCAGAAGUUUGUGAAAUUAAUAAGUAGUACAAUAAAUUGUCUAUUUUUGUAUAGUAAUUUAUUCUGAAAUGACAUGCACACAAAUCUUGUUUCUUAAACGAAACGGACAUCAGUUUCAUUUAUUUAUAACGUGCACCGCGAGUAGAGCCGCCGACUCCGCGCCACCAGACUCUCCGAAGCGGGCCUGCGUCGAUCGGCUCGGCUCUGGGUCGCGCCGGACCGCCUCCCGCGCUGCGAUCCUCGGACUCGGCUCUGACACGGGUCACGCCGUCCUCUGACCGGCUUCAGCAGCUCUUCUGCCCCUGCGCGGCGUGGUCAGCCGGAGUGCAAAUGAUACCUGCGGUGAUCUUGACGCCAGUGACUUGGACUGCUUAAGGAGAUGAGAGCAUGAUGAAGAAAAUACUCAAAUUUAGCAAGAAACGGAGAGGUUUCUCUCCAAGUUCGUCUGAUGCCGGGAGCAUUUUAUCAAUAGGAUAUGAGAUAAAGGAAAAAGACUUGGGAAAGGUUCAUAAGGCUGCGUCCCUGGGUGACCUGACCAAACUGAAGCAGCUUGCAAAAAAGAAUGAUUUAAACCAACUGGAUAAAGAGAACAGAACUCCCCUGCAUAUUGCUUGUGCAUAUGGGCAUACGGAUGUUGUUCUGUUCCUGGUGGAAAACAAGGCCAAGCUGAACUUAUGUGACAAUCAGAACCGUUCCCCACUGAUGAAGGCAGUGCAGUGUCAGCAGGAGACGUGUGCCGCCCUCCUGCUGGAGCACAGUGCUGACCCCAACUUGGUGGAUAUCAACGGGAACACGGCCCUGCACCUGGCUGCCCUUAUCCCGUCAGUGCCCAUGGGUACACAGCUGCUGGAACACGGUGCCAACAUCAAUGCCGAUAACAAGGAUGGAUGCACUCCUCUGAUCCUGGCAGUAACAGAAAAUCACACUGAGAUGGUAGAGUUUCUCCUUAAGGAAGGAGCUGAUGUCAAUGCUAAGGACCAAGGAAAAAGGACAUCCUUAAUAAUUGCUGCCUGUAAUGGACAAAUCAGUAUGAUUCGUCUGCUUUUGGCGAACAAUGCAGAUAUAGCGGUUAAGGAUGAGAAAGGAUGGACAUCUGAUGACUAUGCAGUUAUUAACGGGCACCAUGCUUGUUCCCAUUUGAUAAUAGAGCAUGGGACCAGGAGGAGGUGCCAGCACUCGCCCUCUUUCCCCGGGCAGAGCAGGCAGCAGCGGCCGGUGGGCAGCCCAGGGGGGGAGGACGAGGCGGCCUUUUCCCUGGGGAGACCGGCCUCUAACAGAGACGAGCUGCACCUUGCAGGAGCAAGUGAAGCAGGGAAAGUUGAUGAUAAUUCACAAGUAGAAUCCAUCAGUAGGGCAUCUAAAUCCGCUGCUGGAGAUUCAUGGCUUUCAUCAGAUGAAGACGAUGGCUUACAGUUGAGCCCGAAGAAACCACAAAAGGUGAACCUGAAGAAGCUUAUCAGCUCUUCGGAGAAGGGCAGAAAAAGAGCCGCAGCAGACUCCAGGUCCUGGAGUGAGCGCGAGUCUGACGCAGAGAAUGACGACAGAGGCGAGAGGGACUCGGCCCCCUCUGAGAUUUCACCCCCCCUGAGGGGCAGCGUCCUGCCCCCACCAUCCCCUUCGCCUGCCCCCUUUUCCAAACCACCUCAGGUGCCAUCCACGCUGCUCCGUAGCUCCAGAACGGAAGAGAAUUCCACAGAUGCAGAUUGUGAGGAGGAGGAGGAAGAUGAAGACAGCAAAGAAGAGGAGUUAGGGCGGGUUGAGGAUAAAGUGCCGCACGGUGAACAUCCGCACGAUGACGGUGAGAGGAAUGAGGUGCCAGUACAGAAGAGAGAUUUUCUGUCGGAGUUGGGUCUUGGGGACCGUGCAGACGAUGACUCCUGGGACUCCCCUGUUUCUGAAAGCCCAAGGAAACUGCGCGUUGGCAUUAAUUCCCCUGCGACGCCCAAAGAAGAGUCGGCCAUUGUUCCCGAGAAGAGCGAUGAAGGUGGUCCUUGCGAUGAUUUACAACAGAAGCCUGGUGUAUCGAACGCUAAGCCAAUGCAUGUAUUGCCGACACCAGCCGUAACCAUGGACAACACUAACGUAAAAAUUGAUUUAAUGGAAGAACUUGGAUUGGGAGAUGUGGAUGAUCUUGAAGAUCCUUCAGAUUGGGACAGUUCCAGCUCCUCCUGCACAAGCCACCGUGUCAUCAAGCAGGUUUCUCCUGAUGAACCCCACCCACUGGCCUCGGACAAGGAACCAAUCACCACCCCUCCCUCGACCGUCGUACCAGCCAGUGGAGGUGAAGAGCCUGCUACAUCCGUAACAGAAGGGAGUUUCGAAAAUACAAAGAGUGCCCUGGCUCCCCCGAACGGCUACUCCCCACGGCAGGCCCAAAUCAAGCCCCAGGCUCAGCCCCGCACCCGGAAGACGCUUGCAACCACAGGGAAUGAAGAAGAGACCUCAGUGACCGAGGUGCUGGCAGACGAUGCUGAAGAUCUCAGCGCAGGACCGGAGAUGCCGCAGAAGGGGAAAGAUGUAUUAGAUAAAAGUGGGUUAGGUGUGAGUGAGCUGUACCACAGCAGUCCUGUGGUGUGUGAAACACAAGGCGUUCAGAGGCAGGAGGAUGGGGGUGAGACUGACGAAGACAGCGACGCAUCAUGGGAGAAGCGCUAUGAGAAAAUCUGGGUAGAGACUGAGAAAAGGGAGGUGAAGUCUCACUACAGGAGCGUAACAGCAGAGCUGAAGGAGAAGUUUGGGGAGCUUUGUUGGAGGGAUGCUAGGGGGGCAUUUGAGGCUGCUGCCUCCGAGGAGUCCAGCAGAGACGGGGGGGGUGAGAGGGUUCUGGUUCCCAUUGCCGAACAGAGAGAAUCUGGGUUAGAGGACUCCCUCACUGAGCCGUCAGAAGGCCUGCGGUCUUCUCAGAGUCCCCAACCUACGCGGAACGUUCCCAGCAAUGAAAAAGACGCUGCCUGUUUUGGCGAGGAAAUCGAGAAGGAAGAGCAGCUUGGGGGCCAAGAAGAGGCAGCAGAGCACGGAGGCCGUGAGCGUAAUGCCUGCAGAGAUCUCAGCUACUCUGGCGAUGGCUGCAGCGUGAGCACAGGGGUCGGCGACCUUGGGCCAGAGGGAGGGAGUCAAGCCGCUGCCACAGCACAGAAAACGAAUGAAGACACUGAAGCGGAGAGUAAAUGUCUCGGUGACGUUGCUAGGCGCCUCUCUGACGAAGCGCUCGAGGAGGACAUGCAGAGAUUCAAGUACGAGGUUUGUGAGGAGAUGAGGGAGCUACCAACUGUCCAGCAUCAUCAUCCAUUAAGGGGUGUUGAAGGACAAAGGAGGAGUUUUGUGGGAGAAAAUGUAAAAGAAGAGCUUAGUGAAAGAGGCACCAAUUCUGCAUCUGAAAAGGAACCUGAAGCUAAAUUAAAUCAAGGAUUAGGGUCAAAAUAUGCCGAAAGGUUCGCAGCUGCAGGGAGCGCAGAGGUGCCUGAAGAGAUGGAAAUUGGGGAUGACUUUGAUGAUCUCACUCAGUCAUCUGACACGGGCACGGAUGAGGCGGAUUUCCCCGCGUCGGGAUUCCGCAACGCUUCCCUGCUGAUCCAGCAGCUGGACUCCUCCUGCAUCGACUCAGUGAGCAUGGUGAAGCUGCAGACCAUGUUCCACGAGUACGAGUGUACAAUCCAGAGGGAAAAAGGACGCUGCAGCAGGCUGUCGGAUAAGGUCUCUCAGCUGGAGGAAGAACGGGCCAACCUGAAGCAAGUCCUGGAAGAGACGCGCGACGUUAAAUCCAUCUUGGAGCACCGGCAGGUGGAUUUAGAGACCGAACUGAAAAACUUCAAGUUUGUCCUGAAGCAAGAGCAGGAAAAGCACAGGAACGCUUGCAUGCUGCACGACAAGGGCUGCGAGCAGCUGCGGGUGAAGGAGGAGCAGUAUCACACCGAGGUGCAGGAGAGGCAGAAGGUGGAGCUCGCCAAGAGGAACCUGGAGCUGGAGAUGAGGGCGCUCGUUAAUAGCAUGAAGCAGCUGGAAGACGACCACAGUGAGACGCAGCGCUUGCUGGCCCAUGAGCGCAGUACCCGCACCGUUCAGGAGGGCAUCCUAACCAAGCACAUGUGCAAGCAGAGGGAGCUGGAGGAGGAGAAUAUGAGGAACUUCACUAAGAGCAGCGAGGCCAUAUCUCAGCUGUCAGAGGCCAGCGACCGGGAGAAGCAGCUUGUGCAGCAGAGCCAGAGCCUACAUGAGGAGGUGACGGCACUAAGGAUGGACUUGGAGCGAGUUCGUGCCCAUAGCCGCCAGGAAGAAGCCCACCUCGGCGAGGAGAAUGAGACCCUCAGGGAGAGGCUGGAGGACGCCAGACGUGACCUGAAGCUCAGCGAAGAAGCCCUGGCCCAAACGGUCUACCAGUACAACGGGCAGAUCUCUGCCCUCAGGGCUGAGUGCUCCAUGGCCUCGGCCAAGCUGGAGCACGAGAAGCAGGCCAAGGAGAGGCUGGAGGCCGAGGCGGACUCGGCCCGGGUGAGGCUGGCAGCCGCCUUGCAGGAGGUGGAGGUCAUUCAGGCCUCCAGGGCCGAAGCCGACAGGAGCCUGCAGCGUGAGAGGGAGGACUGGCAGAGGACGCAGGAGAAGAUCUCGGCGGAGCUGGCCGGCCAGCGCGAAUCCGCGAACAGCCUCUCGCAGCAGCUGGGCGCAGCCGAGGCCAAGGCCAACAGCCUUGAGAACGAGUGUCACCGCGCCUCACUGUCACUCACCGAGAAGAGCCUGCUGCUGGAGACGGUGCAGAGGGAGCAUGACCGGGGCCAGGCCCAGAUCAGGCAGCUGGAGGUGGGCCUGCAGGCUGAGCGGGAGCAGGCCGGCAAGGCUGCGGCGCGACAGGAGGCAACGCAGGAGCGGCUGGCCCAGGCCCAGAGCGAGACCAUGCUGCUCCGGCAGCAGCUGGAAGAGGCCCAGAACCGGGGCGUGAUCAAGGAGCGGGCAGUGACGGACGCGCAGGAGCGCUUUAGCGACCUGCUGGGCAAGCUGCGCGCGGAUAGCGAGGAGCGGGUGCGGAUGGCGGAGGAGAGGAGCAAGGAGUUGGUCUCAAAGAACAACGAGCUGCAGGAGCAGCUGCUGAGGCAGGACCUGGAGAAGGCCGAGAGAGAGGCAGCUCUGAGGCAACUACAGCAGGAACUCGCCGACACCCUGAAGAAGCUCUCCAUGUCUGAGGCCUCUCUGGAGGUGAACUCUCGCUACAGAAACGACCUGGAAGAGGAAAAGCUACGUCUGCAGAAGGACAUGGAUAGGCUCAGGGGCAGGCUGCAGGAGAGCGAGGAUCAGUAUGUCCAGGCAGAACAGCGCAUCCACGAGCUGAAGAGGGCACUAGAUGACAAGGAGCGAGACGCCAUUACCUCCAGUCAGAGGCUGCAGGAAGCCCUGGCAGCUGCUGUGGACAGAGACAAGAUGGUCAAGCAGCUGGAGGAGGCCAUGCAGAAGCUGGAAAUCGAGAACGUCAGGCUGGAGGCUUCAGCCAAACAGCAGAUGAACAGGAUGGAGGUGCUGCAGAGGGACAGCCAGGAAGCUGCAGAGACAUCAGAUUCGUCACCUGGCACUGGGGUUAGGAAUCGUUUAGAGGAUUUGGUCACAGAUUUGCAAGGGAGCAAGAUUACGCUGGAGGAUAAACUGAGUCGAGAGGUGCAGAAGCAGAACCUGCUUUCCCACAGCGCCCAGGACACCCAUCGGCUGUGGGAGGAGGAGAUGAAGGCUCGGGCGCGACUGAGCCUGCGCCUGGCGGAGCUGGAGAGGGAGAAGGGCGAGCUGUCCGGGCAGGCGGAAAUUGAAAGAAAAAGGGCAAAGAAAACCGCAGAGCAGAAGAAAUCCACGGAUAUUAGGCUUGACCAGGAGAUGAGCAGAAACGCAGAGCUGCAGAAAGACAUAUCAAGACUGAAGGUCCUGCUGAAAACGGCCAAGAAGAGACUGAGGGAGCAGCAGAACAUGGAACCGGACGCCGUGCUCAGCAAGCCAGGCGACACCCUGGGCAGGAUGAAGUCCCGAGUUGACGAGCUCACUCUCCAGCUGCAAAAAGAGGAAAUGAAGUGCACCAAGAUGGAGGCCCUGAAUUCAGACCUGAAGGAGCAGCUUUCCUCCCUGAAGGCCCUUAGCAGGACCAAUGAGCAUCUGGAGAGGGGCAAGAGAAGGCUGGAGGAGGAGGUGGCCGGCCUGCAGCGGCAGAUGGAGAGCAGCAGGAUGGACCAGAACCAGCUGGAGCAUUACUGCAGAGAUGCUGAGGAACGGGCCCGUCAGGAGGUCCGGCAGAAGCUGGAGGAGGUCAACCUCUUUCUGCAGACCCAGGCCGCAUCUCAGGAGGCUUUGGAGCAAAUGAAAGCUGCCAAUGAAGCGAGUCUGCGGGCCCAGCAGGAGCAGCGCAUGCGGGAGCUGGAGGACGAGAUGAGCCGCCUGCGCGGCAGCCAGAACGACAGCCUGUCCCAGAAGGAGAGCGCGCUGACGGAGCUGCAGCGCUACCGCGAGCUCUACAGCCAGGAGCUGCAGCUGCGCAAGAGCCUGGCAGCCAAGCUGGAAAGGUCCAAUGAGCGCCUGGGAGAGGCCAACGCCAAACUGCUAGGUGAGCGUCAGCGCACCCGGUCGCUGAUCGCAGGCAGCAUGGGUGGCAGCCUGAUUGGCCCCUCACUGGAUGUGGAGCAACUGAACCCAGCAGGGCCUUAUGGAGGCGGCCUAGCAAGUGGCUUCCUGGACCCAGCGGGGACUGGACAGAACACCAAGGUGGAAACCUUCCUGGCGAAGAUGCAAAACGAAUUGGAAAAAAACAUAACAAGGGAACUAGACAAGGCUUCUGCAGAGCUGGGGAGGGAGUCGGCCCGAUUGUCCCCAGUGGGGUCAGUGGCAGUUUCCCAGAGGAGCCUCAGCACAGACCAGGACCCAGUGGCCAGAGCCACACAGCAGUAUCUGGACGUCCUGAAGAAGAACUACAGGAUCUGACGUCCCUAGAGUAUCAGCGCCUCUUCUGUUUACAGCUCUGACAUUCAUGAUAUUUAUACAGCCGCCGCACAUCUUUGCACUCAAAGGACAACUUAGCAUUGGCCUCACUGUUGAAACCACAGUGUCUUAAUAUUUAUGACUAACGGUUGCAUUUGAAAGGCUUUCCCUUUCAGGUUUGCACAUGAAAACAAAUCUGUAUAUUAAGUACACUUUAUAUUCUUUAUAAAACAUUCCCUGUAAGGUUGUCCUCAUUUCCUCGAUUUCACAUGCAUUCCUUUUCAUCAUCAGUAUUAUAUUGUUUCAUUACUUUGCCAAGAUUAUAAUUUCAUGUCAUUUAAAAUUGUUUUUUUUUCUGACAAGUUUUCUUAAGAAUGAAAACAGAUUGGAUAGUUUAUUUAUCUAGGAUACGGUUAUGAAUUUACUUUUAUUGUUUCAAGAAUUGUACAGAACGACUUCACCGAUUGCUACAUUUCAUUUUUGAUAUUGCAAAGUUUGAAAUUGGAGUUUUCUGACAGAUUACCAUGACGAACUCUGAGUUCUCAGUUAAGCAACCUAAAUAAAAAUCGAUGCCGAUUUGAUAGUCCUUGUUUAAACAGUAACAACCGAUCGGUGUAAAAGUCAAUAGGUUACAUUGUGAGUUACGGUACUAUGUAAUGUGUGUUGUUCUCCUCCAGCUGGUCGGAUUGCUGAUACUUCAUCAGUUUUCAGUCACCAGAGAUGUUUUUAUGAUGCGCAGCAACAUAAAACUUGGUGUGCAGCAAUUUUAUUAAAAAAAUUGAAAACA